AUGAAGGUGGUAGAUAAGAUCAAAUCGGUGACGGAACAAGGCAAAACAGCCUUCUCCUUCGAGUUUUUCCCACCGAAAACCGAAGAUGGCGUCGAGAAUCUCUUUGAACGAAUGGAUCGAUUGGUUUCUUACGGACCAACUUUCUGCGAUAUCACUUGGGGUGCCGGAGGAUCCACCGCCGAUCUGACCUUAGAGAUCGCUUCGAGGAUGCAGAACGUUAUCUGCGUCGAGACGAUGAUGCAUCUCACUUGUACCAAUAUGCCUGUUGAGAAGAUUGAUCAUGCUCUUGAGACGAUUAGAUCUAAUGGGAUUCAGAAUGUGCUUGCGCUUAGAGGAGAUCCGCCUCAUGGGCAGGAUAAAUUCGUUCAGGUUGAAGGAGGGUUUGCUUGUGCUUUGGAUCUGGUGAAUCAUAUUCGUAGCAAGUAUGGUGAUUACUUUGGAAUCACUGUUGCUGGUUAUCCUGAGGCUCAUCCUGAUGUUAUUGAAGCCAAUGGUCUUGCUACACCUGAAUCUUAUCAGAGUGAUCUUGCUUACCUGAAGCAAAAGGUUGAUGCUGGAGCUGAUCUGAUUGUAACUCAGCUUUUCUAUGAUACUGAUAUAUUCCUCAAAUUUGUGAAUGAUUGUCGGCAAAUUGGGAUAAAUUGUCCCAUUGUUCCUGGAAUUAUGCCCAUUUCCAACUACAAAGGGUUCUUACGUAUGGCUGGUUUUUGCAAGACCAAGAUACCUGCUGAGCUCACUGCUGCCUUGGAGCCUAUUAAGGAGAAUGACGAAGCUGUUAAAGCCUAUGGUAUUCACUUUGCAACAGAGAUGUGCAAGAAGAUUUUGGCCCAUGGAAUCACAACCCUUCAUCUCUACACAUUGAAUGUGGACAAAUCAGCUAUUGGGAUAUUAAUGAACCUUGGUUUAAUCGAUGAGUCAAAAAUUUCCCGGUCUCUACCUUGGAGACGCCCUGCAAAUGUUUUCCGUACUAAGGAAGAUGUUCGCCCCAUAUUCUGGGCAAACCGUCCAAAGAGUUACAUAUCUAGAACAAAGGGCUGGAAUGACUUUCCACAGGGACGGUGGGGUGAUUCACGCAGUGCAUCAUAUGGUACACUUUCGGAUUAUCAGUUUCUGCGCCCAAAAGCACGUGACAAGAAGCUUCAGCAAGAAUGGGUUGUCCCAUUGAAAAGCAUUGAAGAUGUUCAAGAGAAAUUCAAGGAGCUCUGUCUUGGAAGCUUAAAAAGCAGUCCAUGGUCUGAAUUAGAUGGACUCCAGCCAGAGACAAAAAUUAUCAACGAUCAACUUGGAAAAAUCAACUCCAGUGGCUUCCUGACCAUCAAUAGCCAACCAUCAGUCAAUGCAGCCAAAUCCGAUUCCCCAGCUAUUGGAUGGGGUGGUCCUGGUGGCUACGUCUACCAGAAAGCUUAUCUAGAGUUCUUCUGCUCAAAGGAUAAGCUGGACACACUUGUGGAGAAAUCCAAAGCUUUUCCUUCUAUCACCUACAUGGCUUUGAACAAAGCAGAGAAUUGGGUAUCAAACAUCGGUGAAUCCGAUGUGAAUGCAGUUACUUGGGGAGUGUUCCCAGCUAAGGAGAUUAUUCAACCAACAAUCGUCGAUCCAGCUAGUUUCAAAGUCUGGAAAGACGAAGCAUUUGAGAUCUGGUCAAGAAACUGGGCUAACUUGUACCCAGAAGAUGACCCUUCUUCUAGAAAGUUGCUCGAAGAGGUGAAGAACAGCUACUAUUUGGUAAGCUUAGUGGACAAUGAUUACAUCAAUGGUGAUAUCUUCUCUGUCUUUGCUUGA